AUGGCAACAAUCAUUCUUGGCUCCCAAUGGGGCGACGAAGGCAAGGGCAAACUUACAGAUAUUCUCUGCCCCAAUGCACAAAUAUGCACACGAGCUGCCGGCGGCCAUAACGCAGGCCACUCCAUCGUCGCAAACGGUGUCUCGUACUCGUUCCACCUCCUGCCGAGUGGUCUGAUCAACCCCAAGUGUAUUAACCUGAUUGGAUCCGGGGUUGUCUUCCAUGUGCCCUCCUUCUUCAAGGAGCUCAAGGAGCUGGAGGACAAGGGGUUGGCUGGCGUCCGCGACCGAAUCUUCGUCUCCGACCGCGUUCAAAUCGACUUCGACCUCCACGCUGCGGUCGACGGUUUAGAAGAGGUUGAGCUUGGCGAGGGCAAAAUCGGUACAACGGGACGAGGUAUUGGUCCAGCCUACAGCACCAAGGCUGCGCGCACCGGCAUUCGCAUGUCAGAAGUCUUCAAUGAGGAGCUGUUUGAGACCAAGUUGCGCCGUCUGGCUGAGGGUUACAAGAAAAGAUUCGGCGACUUGCUGAAGUACGAUGUCGAAGAGGAGAUCAACCGAUUCAAGCAAUACCGUCAAGACCUUGCCUCUUUCGUGGUCGACGGCGUCCACUUCCUGAAGCAGGCCCAGGACCAGAACCGGAAAAUUCUCGUCGAGGGCGCCAACGCGCUUAUGCUCGACAUAGACCACGGAACAUAUCCUUACGUCACCUCUUCAAAUUGUUCCCUGGGAGGCAUCUUCACCGGCCUGGCCAUCAACCCUUUCAAAAUCGACGAGAUCGUCGGCGUGGUCAAGGCCUACACUACUCGCGUUGGAGGUGGUCCCUUCGUGACAGAAGAUCUCGGCGAGGCUGGCACCAAGCUGCAGGAGGUUGGCCGCGAGUGGGGAACCUCGACGGGACGCAGACGCCGCUGCGGCUGGCUGGAUCUUGUUGUCGUCAAAUACAGCACCGCCAUUAAUGCGUAUACCAGUCUGAUGCUCACCAAGCUCGACGUCCUGGACUCGUUCCCCACGAUAAAAGUAGCCGUUGGAUACAAGGAUCCGCAGACGGGUCAGGAGCUGGACUCGUUCCCUGCGGAUCUGGGUCUUCUGGAGCAGGUCGAGGUCGUGUACAAGGAGCUGCCAGGCUGGAACAAGCCCACUACCAAGGUCAAGACAUUCUAUGAUCUGCCGAAAGAGGCGCGGGGGUACGUCGAAUUCAUCGAGGAGUUUGUCGGCGUGAAGAUCAAGUGGAUUGGCACCGGUCCGGAUCGUGAGGAUACCAUUUUCAGGGGUACUACGGCUCUCCAAAAGUAG